AUAAGAUCUAUUCGUCCUCAUGAUAAAAAGCGACAAAAGGAAUUACAACAAUUACUUGUUACUUGGCUCAUAGCAGAUUCACAUCCUUUAAUUAUUGUUCAAAAAAUCAACCUAACAAAUUCAGAAUGGAAAUUAAUUAAAGAACUUUUACAAGUUCUUGGACCAUUCGAAGAA